AUGCGUAUUCAGCUGACGACCUAUAAUUGUCUUUAGUAAUUAAUUAGCUUUCAAAUGUGGAAGAAUCGCUAAUUGUUUUGAGAUUAUGAGAUCCUUCAGAAUUUUACUUCUUAUCGGUUACAUCGGUUUUAUUUUUGCACACAUUUCCAUAACCAAUCAUUUAGAUGAAAAAUUAAGACAAACAAAAAUUGAAAUAGCCAAACUUCAUAUUCGAGAAGAAUCAAUAGUUGAAACAAAAGUAUACAAUGUAAAAUGGAAUCGAUUGUGGAAAGAAGAUCUCAACAAAGAACUACCUUUCAUAGCAAAUACAUUCAAUAAAAUAUUCUUGAUAGAAGCAAAUCAUUUUAUAACAUUUUCUUUUGAUGCUUCUAACAAUAUCUCAUCGCGAGAAAUAAUUCCAAUCUCUAAUAAUGGUCCCAUUAAAUUUGUCAGAAGUAUUAUCUGGAAAAAUGUACUUUAUUUGCUAAUUUGUUAUAUAACCGAUUUCUGCAUUAUUUAUACACAAACAAAUAAUUUACAAUUAAGAUAUCGUCAAACCAUUCAAUACAAAUGUCCUAUGGAUGCUAACUUUUUCGUUCGUGACAAUCGGCUUUAUCUCGUGGUAGCCGAUAAUUUCGGUCAAUUUCCUGUGCCGUCUUUAAUAUACCAUUGGAAAGAAACAUAUAUGGAUAAAAUAAAGGAUAUAAUAACUACUGCUGCAGUAUCAGUCACUACAUUUAAAUACAAACAAUCGACAAUCAUAGUAUUCGCACAAAAUAAUGAAAAUAUUCCUGAUAUUGGUUCUAUGGUAUAUGAAUUUACAGAAACUAGUUUGGAUAAAAUACAAUUCUUGAAAACUUCAAAUCCGAUUUCCGUUCAUCAUUAUAGACAUGCAGGCUUUAGUUUUAUUUUACUAAUAAAUCAAUAUGAACCAAGUAAUUUACUUUGGUGGGAUGGAUAUGAACUGUUAAACUGGCAGCAAAUCCCAGAAAUAGAAAUACCUGAUUUAAUUCAUAUCGUAAAUAUCAACGAUGAUAAUUUUUUUUUUCGUAGUCUAUGAUGUAAGUGUAGAAUUUAAUUAACUAAUUAAUAAUCAGUAAUU